AUGGCGAAAGACGAGGUACGUGAGAAGAAAGAGAAGAAGGACAAGAAGCGCAAGGCGGACGCAGUCGAGGAGGCCGACGCGGGAGCAACGCCCGUGAAGAAAGAGAAGAAGGAAAAGAAGAAGCGGAAGACCGCCGAGGCCGAAGAUGAAUCCAUGAUGGAUGUCGACGGCGGCCAGUCGCUCGUCAAGGUCGAAGCAGAGGACACCAAGGACGACAAGGCCGUGGUCGCCAUCCCGCUCGCAGCCCUGGUGCCGUUCGCGAACCCUCUCGCGGACGAGAAAGCGCAGAAGAAAGUGCUCAAGGCCGUCAAGAAAGGUAUGCCCCCAAUCCGUCCUCUUCAAGAUCGAGACAACAGGCUGACUUUUCCUCGUCCCUCCCCGCUUAGGCGCCAAGCACAAAACCCUCAAACGCGGCGUCAAAGAAUGCGUCAAGUCCAUUCGGAAAUCCCCCGCCGCAACGCCUGCCUCUCUCUCCUCGUCCGCCCUGCCCAACGGAAUCGUCAUCCUCGCGGCCGACAUCUCCCCCAUGGACGUCAUCAGCCACAUCCCCGUGCUCUGCGAAGACCACGGCAUUCCAUACGUCUAUGUCCCUUCUCGCGCAGAGCUGGGCGCGGCGGGAUCGACGAAGCGACCCACAAGUGUGGUCAUGUUGAUGCCGAAGGCGGGUGCCAAGGGCACCGAGGAGAUUGAAGAGUGGACGGAGGCGUACAGAGACUUGCACAAGCUGGCGGUGAAGCUGGGCCAGACCGUGCGAGUGUAG